UUCAGUCUUUUAGCAACAAUACCCAGAUUUUUCUAUCUUUUUGUUUUGUGCAUGCAUGGGAGAACCGAAUACUAGCAGCAGCCUUGGUACCGCCAGUUCUAGCUACCGGGGGGUUCGCAAGAGAAAAUGGGGGAAAUGGGUUUCCGAGAUUCGCGAACCCGGCAAGAAAAACCGGAUUUGGUUGGGGAGUUUCGACACGCCGGAGAUGGCGGCCACAGCCUACGACGUGGCCGCACUGCAUUUCCGCGGCCACGACGCCAGGCUCAAUUUCCCUCAGCUGGCUAAUAGCUUGCCCCAGCCAUUGAGUUCCAAUGCUGAAGACAUACGAAAGGCGGCACAUGAGGGAGCGUUGCGGCUGAGACUUAGUUCUACUCCGGCGGCAGCUGAGCCGGAUUGCGGCAGUAGUUCGGGCUCCAAUGUUGCGCCGGUCACGGUGAGGUUGUCGCCCAGCCAAAUUCAGGCUAUCAAUGAAUCGCCGUUGGACUCGCCGAAGAUGUGGAUGCAAAUGGCGGAGGCACUCAUGGUGGAGGAGUCAACAAUGUUCUCUAAUGAGGUUAAUGAAGAGAAUGAGUGGGAGGAUGUGCAGAAUGAAUCUCUUUGGGAUCCUUAAUUUGGUAAAGUAUAGUUAUACAAGAAAAACGACCAAACACUACAUAGUUUACAAUAUAAAAAAAGUUAUGGUUUGAAGUAAUUGGGAUAUGUACUAUUUUUUUUUUUUUUUUGGGUGAUUAGUACGUGGGAUAUGUACUUACUGCACAGAUUUUUUUUUUUUUUUUUUUUGGGUCAAUAAUAAAGAUUGUUAUAUAAUGAAUUUAAGUUUGAUUAGUUUUGUACGAUGCAUAUCAAUAUUGGGCUAGGGGUUGCCAUAGAUAUUGUAGCAAAUUAAUUAGAAG